AUGGCAGAGCCUACUAUGCCCCUACUGCGUCAGUCGCUCGAGGCGACGCUGUCUCCAUUUGCAGAGACCCGCAAGAAUGCUGAAGUGCAUUUCAACACUCUAUCCACUCAGCCCAAUUACGUGUUACUCUUAGUUCAAGUUCUAGAGAGCUCGAGCGAGAAACAAGACGUGCGUCUGGCAGCUGCAUUGCUGUUUAAGAACUUUAUUAAGCACAAUUGGGAUCCCGAGAAAGAGGGGUGUGUGCCCGUAAAUGAGAAGAAUCUGGUGAAGCAGCAUCUAGUGGAGCUCAUGUGUCGGAUGCCUGAGACGCUGCAAAAACAGCUCAUUGAAGCCCUCACGACCAUCGGAGAGUAUGACUUUCCAGCUCAAUGGACGGAUCUGUUGGCUCAAUUAGUUCAGAAGCUACAGACGGAGAAGGACUGGCAGGUACGCAACGGUGUGCUUAUGACGGCCAAUACCAUCUUUAAACGCUUCCGGAACGUCUUCAAGUCGGACGAUCUCUUUCGUGAACUUAAACACUGUCUCGAAGUCUUUCAGGAGCCACUGCUCUUGUUUUUCAAGGAGACUGGUGUAGCACUACGUACACCGGGGACUCCUGUAGCUCAACAAGUGCAAAUGCUUGCAGCCUUGAGAUACAUGAGUCGGAUCUUCUACUCGCUCAAUUGGCAGGACCUGCCAGAAUACUUUGAAGACCAUAUCUCAGAGUGGAUGGGGGAAUUCUUGACGUACUUUAGCUAUGAGAACUCGGCACAGGUGGAUACGGACAAUGAGGAGGAACCCAGUCCGAUUGAUCGACUACUGGUGGCUAUUGUCGAGAAUAUCAAUCUGUAUGCGGAGAAGUAUGAUGAAGAGUUUAAACCUUUUCUGCAAAAGUUUACCGAAGUGAUCUGGAAUCUACUCGCAAAUCGCAUUACAUUGUUCCCGAAACAUGAUGAACUGGCUGCCAAGUGCAUGAAGUUCCUCACGUCGGUGGCAUCGCGGUCAUUCCACCGUGCGCUCUUUGAAUCUCCUCAAGUGCUGACGGAGUUGUGUGGGAUUGUGGUCACCAAUCUGCAGCUACGAGCGUCGGACGAAGAUCUCUUUGAGGACAACCCGAUGGAUUACAUUCGUCGUGAUAUUGAAGGAUCAGAUGGUGACAGUCGCCGCAGCGCUGCUCGUGACUUGGUGCGCGGAUUGCUUGGCAACUUUGACGAGGCUGUGACUCAGAUCUGCAUGAGUACAAUUCAGACUCAUCUGCAGCAAUACAAGGCAGAUCCGGCCCGUAAUUGGGCGAUGAAGGAUGUGUCGAUCAAUCUGGUGAUUGCUAUUUCCGCAAUAAAACAAUCCCGUCUGCGUGGUGUGUCCGAGGUAAACAGCCGCGUACCAUUGAUGGACUUUUUUAUGGCCGAAGUGCUCCCGGAGCUGUCUACUCCGAACCAAGCGUCUCUCAUCUUGAAGGCCGACGCUAUCAAAUUCGUUUCCACGUUCCGUGGUCAGAUGCCGGUGGAAGCUAUGGAACAGCUUUUCCCUCUUUUGAUGAACUGCAUGGACCCAUCGCAGUUCGUGGUGCACACAUACGCUGCUGCCUGUCUGGAGCGCCUUCUUACUGUUAAGGAUCCAUCUGGCACCCUACGAUUCUCCAAGGAUCGACUUGCACCAUAUCUGGGUAAGCUGCUGGAGCACGUUUUCAACAUCGUUGAACAACCCAACUACCCCGAGAAUGACUACCUGAUGAAGGUGGUUAUGCGAGUGAUGAACGUAGCGAAGGAAGAUAUCUUGCCUCUGACUGAUAUGGCAGUCAACAAGCUCACCAAUAUCCUGAAUCGCAUUUGCGCCAACCCUAGCAAUCCGUCUUUCAGCCACUACCUCUUCGAGUCGCUAUCCGUGUUGAUCCUUAACGUGUGCAAGACAAACCCAGCAGCGACGGAACGUUUCGAGGAGUUACUUUUUCCACCAUUCCAGAAAGUGCUGACAAACGACGUUGAGGCGCUAUCACCUUACGUGUACCAGGUGUUAGCGCAAAUGCUGGAACUUCGACCAAGUGGCGUCUCUGACGCGUACAAGAGCAUGUUCCCUGUGCUGCUUAAUCCUACGUUGUGGGAGCGAGUAAGCAAUGUGCCAGCUAUUGUGAAGCUUAUUGAGGCCUACAUGCGAAAGGCUCCGAACGAUGUUUCUCAGUCAGUACAAGGAAUCCUAGGUGUUUUCCAGAAGCUGAUAUCGUCGCGAUCUACAGAAGCAAACGCUUUCUCACUGCUGCGGGCGCUCUUUGCUUUCAUGCCGCACAAAGCUUACGCAAAUUUCCUCAACGAAAUUGUAAAGAUUAUGAUGAUUCGGCUUCAGACCCGCAUGGCAGGUCGCAAUUCAGUGGGGUACUCGAAGGAGCUGAUUUACACCGUGUCCGUUCUUAUUGCGAAGCUUGGCCCGGACACAUUUUUGGCGUCUUUGGAAGCACUGCAGAAGGGAAUGGCGACCAUGUUCAUCAAGUCUGUGUGGCUGACGUGCAAUGCGCGUGGUCGUGACCCUGCUGAGCGAAAGGCUUGCGUUAUUGGCCUUACACGAUUGAUGUGCGAAACAGAGCUCUGUGGCGCCGACUUGGACACGUGGAGUGAGAUGUUGGCAGCAGCGGUGAAGGUACUUGAAGAAGCUGGAGAAAGUGGCGCUGUAGUGAAGGACGAGGAUGAAUCGUUGCUUGAAUUGGAAGAGACGGGUUAUGAAGCCGGCUAUGCGAAACUGUUCUUCGCGUCAGUGGUCCCACUUGACCAUUUGCAGGAAUACCCAGUGCCAACGCGCUACCUUGCCGAGUCAAUCGCAAAGUUGUCGGCCUCUAAACCUGGCGUGCAUUUGGCGUACGCCCAGACAAAACUGCCGUCGCCCGCGACGCUGACGGCGCUGCAGUCGUAUUUUGCCCAGAACAACAUACUAUUCCAGUAA